GGGCGGCCAAUGGGCGGUGCGUCCGACGGGCGGGGCGCGCUGGGGCGGCGGGAGCGGCGGCCGCGCAGCAGGAGCGGAUCGGGAAUCGGGAUCCGGGAUCGGGAAUCGGAGUGGUGAUGUGCCAUGGCUGAUCCUCUCUUCAAAUCCGACCUUGUUGCAGCCUUGGCUCUGUUUGCUGGUGAUUCAUCCUACUUCCAAGGGCGUCAUGGAACCUUUGGACAGACAGUGCGGCCUAAUCCUAAAACAGGAGUUGAUGUCUGUGAGGUGUGGUGCAGUCUGCCCGUGGAAAAAUUAAGGGAAUUUUGCAAUGUGAUCAAAAUCAGAAUCUUUUGGUGUGCACUCUUCACCAGGGAGAGCACUUCCUUUGUGGAUGACUUUUGCUUGGUAUUCCUGGCCUGGAACACGAAGAAAAUCUUUGAGUUGAAUGUUAUGGAAGACCUUGCUGAUUUAAUUAAAAGAGUUGCUAACAUCCCGCAUUUCAUCCGUGGCAUCUUGAGGAUUGGCAGUGGAAUAGAAAAUGGUGUUUUCCGCCUUGAGGAGGCCCUGGAAUGGGUCAGGUGUGUGGGGGAUGCCAACAUCCUGCAGGACCUGGAGCAGCUGGGGGACUUUGGCAGGGCUGUCCUUGCAAUGUUUUUUUCUGAGUGGAAUCGUUACAUCACCAGGGUGGCACUGGAGGAUUGUGAUUUAGUGGCAGAACUGAGAGCUCUGACCUGUGAGAGCUCCAGGAAGAUGAGUGAAGCCAUGAAGCAGAAAGGAAAUGCUGAAUUUUCCCAGGGAGACCUGGGCUGUGCCAUCAUGUCAUACACCAAAGCCAUGGAGUUUUGGCCCACCAACCACCUGCUGUAUGGGAACCGAGCUCUGUGUUUCAUCCUCACCAGGGAGUACGAGAGAGCUGUACUUGAUGGAAAAAGAGCCAUAGUUCUCAAGCCUGACUGGCCAAAGGGUCACUACCACUACUGCAAAGCCCUGGCCCUGCUGGGCAAGGCUGAGCUGGCCCUGGUGGCCAACAAGAGAGCCCAGGAGCUGUGCCAGAACAGCCCAGAGGGGCUCAAGGAGCUCGUGCAGCAGGAGGAGAAAUUCAAGAAAACCUUCCAGGAAAGCCACGGUAAUGAACAGAAACAGAAGGCAAGGAAGCCUCCGCCUGAGAAAAAAGACUGCACUUCCUCAAAAUCUCCUCCAAGAGUCUCCCAGGAGCAGAAGGGAGCAGAAAAGGAGAGGAAGAGCAGCCAGGCUGAGCCCAAGGAUGCCCACGGGGCUCAAAAGCAGGAUGCCAAGGUGACUGAGCCCCAGAGAACAGAAGGCAAAGGUUCCCCGCUGGAGCAGCCUCAGAGAAUGGUUUCCUCAGUCCCUGCUCCACAGCAGGGUCGGAUCUCUGGAGUUUUGAAAUGCUCCAACCAAAGUCAGCAAAACAAACGAAAACCAAAAACCAAAACUUGUGACUAUGAAAAAAUGAGGGAUCAGAUGGAUUUGAAGAGGGAAUCUAAAGUCGUGGAGGAUAAAGGUUUCUGUGCUGUGCCACAGACAUUCCAGGUGGAUUUCAGUCCAGAUGUGAAAUCCCUCGAGCAGGAGGCUGAUGGAACCUCGGUGGACAGGGAUAAACCCACUUUAUUACAACUGCUGAAAGCCUUGAAUGCUCCAGAAUUCACGGUGGAGUUCAGCUGCCUGCCAGAGGAGGUGAAGGCGCUGGCGCGGGAUGGCUGCAGGGCCCUGCAGGAGCAGCAGUGCCACGGCGCUGAGCGAGCCUUUGCCCAGCUCCUCGGCCUCCUCUGCGCCACAGGCUCUUCGUAUGUGAAUAUUCCUUAUAUUAAUUAUGUUAUAUUCCUCUAUGGACAUGCCACUGCCCUACUGGGAAUAGGACAGCCUGAGGCAUUGGCAAAGGCUGAACGUCAGUUCAGGAAAAUAAUGGAGCAAUAUCCAGAAGAAAGUUGUUUUUGUUUGGCACACUAUGGAAUUGGAAGGGUUUAUCUCAGGCAAAACAGGUUUGCUCAUGCCCUCGACCAAUUCCUGAGGUCAAAGCUGAUGAUUGAUUUCAAGAUUUCCCCUGGAGUUUUAACCUGGCCAGGAACAACUCAGGUCAUCGAGGAGACACGAAUAGAGAAUUUACAGAUGGCUUUAAAGAAUUAUAUUGAGGAAUGUAAAUUCCCUCCAGAGCCAGAUGCUGUUUGUCGAUAUCAGCAGUGCCAUGGCUACUCCAAAAUCCAAAUAUAUUUUACAGACCCAGACUUUAAGGGUUUUAUACGUGUUAUUUGCUGUCAGCAGUGCAGAGUGGAAUUCCACAUCAGCUGCUGGAAAAAGCUGAAAACAUCAAGCUACAGUGAUAAAAAUGAUAAGGAUUUCCUUAAGGAAAUGUGUUUUACUCCUGAUUGUAAAGGCCUUAUUUCAAAAAUAGCUAUUUUCAAUUCUUCUGGGCUGGUAAAAUGUGAAUUUGAACAAAAAAUCCCAAAACUCAAGGAACCACCAAGGGUCUGUAUAAAACAGAAAUGUUCAAGUCUUAGGAAGAUAAAAAUGAAGCAAGAAAAGAAACAGUGGCGAAAACGAGCGCGCGAAGAGGCCAGGAAUUGUGCCAGGACAAAAACUGAGGAAAUUCAGGAGGGAAAUGACCAAUCCCAGUUCAGCCAGCACAGGGGUUCUGGCCAGGAUUUAUGCUCUGGGGACCAGAUCCUGCAGCACAUCCAGCGCAAUUCCGAGCAGAUCAAAGCUGCAGUCCCUGACACUCCCAAAUUACUAAAGGAGUUACUGGCCUGGGGUGUGAUCAGAGAGGAGGAUUUCAGCUCCUAUUCCCAAAUGAGCAGCACUCCCCAGGAGGUGCUGGGGCAGCUGCUGAGCUCCUUAAUCCAGGAGAAGGGGCGGGUGCGGAGCAGGGGCUUCCUGCACGUGCUGAGCCAGCUGGGAGAGGUGGAUCCCAAAGUGCACAAGUGGCUGCAGCACCUGGAUCACCUGGGUCUGACAGCUACAGAAAACUUUCUCCUCCAAUAUGGCCAAGUUCUGCAAGAGGUUGACCUUUCUAUUUUAAUCCCACUGUGGAACCAGAAAUACGGCAGUAAAUUUGAUUAUGUGGCAGCUGAUAGUGAAAAGCAAGAAAUUUGUGAUUAUUUCCUCACCCCUCCCCUAGAGAAAUCCCGUUGUUUUAUAUGGCUUUUAGAAGAAAACAGAGAACAUUUUCCAGACCUCCAUCAAGCUUUAGAUGAAUUCUUUGAUAAAAUGGAUGAUCCAACCAUUAUAUUAAAGAAGCAGGGGAAUGAGAAUUUAUCAAAUAAUGAAAUCAAAGUUAAAAACAAAAACAGGAAGAAGAAUUUGAAAGAUUCAAAGUCUAUUUUAGUAUUAUCCAGUGGAGUUAGUACAGCACCACGAGAAGAAGAGAAGAUAUUUAUAGAAGAAAAUAAUUUGUACAGAGAUUUUUCAAAUGAACCCUUUGUAAUCCCAGAAUAUCUCCAGGAGCAACUGGAGGAGUUCGAAGCUCGCUAUAAUAUUUCAAAUAGUAACAAUUAUCAAAUGAAUAAUAAUAAUAAUCCAGAUCCAAUCUCUGAGAAUUUGUAUGAUUAUUUCUCUCAAAUCUUGGAAGAACAUGGCCCUCUGGAAAUUAAUAAUAGAUUACUGAUUGGGGAAUAUGAAAAUUUCCCUGAGGAGACUCGGAAGGUGGUGGAGGAUGAAGGCGGCCUGGAGGCCUUCCUGCUGAAAUCCCUUCGUUUCAUCAUGGUGGAUAAUCUGAUUGGCCUGAGGAAGCACUCGGUCCUUUUCGAAGGAAAUCCAAGCAGAAAUGGGAAUAAAAAGGAAAAUCCACCUGGGGAUUCCCAGGGGAAUUCCUCCCACAGCAAGCUGCCCUUGAAUCCCUACGCCGAGGAGUUCAAGCCUCUCUCGUACCCUGUGGCUGCCCCUGUGGCAGCAGCUCCUGAUUUACCAGAUUAUCGCACCCAGCAGUAUUUCCCCUGCUCCUUCCCUGCCUCCUGCAUUCCUGGCAAUCCUCUGGAAAAUGAAAAUGUUCAUUCCAUGGGAAAUGAGAUUGCAUUUUCAGGUGUUUUACUAAAGGACUUUGAGCCUCCAGGCCCGGCUGUGUUUUUACCUCAGAGCUCCUGGGGUUAUCAGUAUGGAAUAUUGCCCCUGGCACAGCCUGGGUUUAUUUAUGCUGAUCCUGCAGCUCAUCAGGAAAAUCAAGAAUCAGCAAUUCCAGGUGGGAAAUACAGCCCUGAGGAUUCUGUGCCAGCUGAAAUCCAGGAAUACAAAGGCCCUUGGAGCCGGUCGGAGAACUUGGAUAAAAAGGAUUCUGCUUUUCCAAAUGGUUCAGAUGAAGCUGAAGGAGGCAAAUGUGUUAAAAAGGAAAAAGGAAGGAAAAAUAAACCUGACAUGCAGAGCAAUCCUCACACAAGGAUGGUGGCUGUUCAGGUAAAUCAGGAAGUUGCUGAUAGGGAAACCAAUACUUUGCCUUUCCAUCCAUUUGAAAAUCAACAAGGAGAUAUCCUCCGUAUGGAAAAGGAGCACCAGGUAUUGCAAGAACAACUCAGAGAAGCAGAGGAGAAAUUUGAGCAGUCACAGAGCAGGAACUUGGAGGAAAUUGCUGCUUUGGAAGAGCUCCUGAAAAAAAGUAUUGAAAAGACUGAGGUGUCCCAGAAUGAACUGAAAUGGUUCCACCGAGACUCAGAAGCACAAAUGAAGAAAUGGCAGCAGGAGAAGAAAGAAAAUAGAGAGACUUUAAAAGCUCUGAAGGGCACAGCUAAAAAGCACUCAGACACCAAUGAGAGGUAUUUGAAGACCAUUGGUGACAAGGAAAAGCAAUAUAAUACAUGUUUAAAUACAUUUCUGGAGACCAGUAAUAAAUUUGCUAAUGAGAAAGGCAAAUUGGAAGAGCUGAUAAAAAAGAGUCAAGAUGAAAGCCAGGAGUGUGAGAAAAGAGCUGUUAAAGCAGAGAUCUCAGUGCUCCAGACCUGGAAGGAAACUGAAAUCUGGAAGCUCAGAGGCACCAUUGCCAAGGCAGAAGGAAAUCUCAGGAUGCUGAAGGCACUGGGCAGCAGCUCAGCUUCAGCAGCUCCUGUGUUGAAGUCCCAGAUUGAGUCCUGGGAAAUAUUUAUUUCAAAUGUCAAGAAAGAACUGGAAAAAGUCGAGGCUGAGUAUGAAGAGAAAAUCGAGCUGGUGAAGGACGGGGCCCGGGACUGCCUCAGUAAAGUGGAAGUUGAGGAUUUUCCUUGGCCUCAGGGGCUUGUUACAAUGCCAGGCAGACCUCCCGUGUGUGACCCUGCCAUUGUCACCUGUUCCUCAGCACCUGCCCUCCCUGCAUUCUCCAGUUGUGAUGGAAAAGCUCCAGCCCAGCCUCCUCUCCAAGCACAGACCGGAGCCAAGGCAGCUCCUUCCACCCCUGAGGCUUCUUCUGCAGCUGGGAAAGCACAGCCCAGAGCUCCAGAGGGAUCCCAUUCCAAUAAAAUCUCACCAUCCUGCCCGUCAGGCAUUUCUGGAAGUACCUCCCAGCCCAACCAGACUCACCAAGAUCCCUCAGCUCAGCAGCCAAGGCCUUCUGGAAUUGCAAACAACAAAAAGCUUCCCAAAAAAAUGGAAAAUGUUUUAGCCCAGCUCCAGAGUAUAUUCCCAAGCCACAGCAGCUCAGACCUCGUUGCCUCCAUCAGGGACGUGCAGAGGAGAAACGGGAACAGCCUGAGCCCUGACAAGAUCCUCAGCCAGGCCACCGAGCUCCUCCUGGACCAGCAGCUCAAGGCAGCAGCUCCCGCAGGCAGAGCCCUGCACUCCCCGCUGCGGGGCAGGGAAGUGCCCACGGAAGGAAUCAGCCCCAAAAACUCCUCCAGUAAAAACCCCUCCCAGCCAAACCUGCAGCCCUGGGGAAAUGCUGGAGCUAUGCCUAAAGCCAGAUGGAGGAAGCAGGACAGUGCUGCCUGCAGUGAGGAUCCCUGCAGCAUCUGUCACGAUGAGCUGAGCAGAGACUGCUGUGAGCUCGAGUGUGGCCAUCACUUCCACAGAGAGGUGAGUUCUGCUCCUCAUCUCCACCUCAAAAACAACCCCUUUACCCUCCCCUUACCCUCAGUGCUUAAACAACAGGGCACAAUUGCUUCUCCCAGCCUUUGCCAUCCAAACUUGACCCACAGUCAGAAAGCUUUAGGUAGUUUUGAAAGUAAAGUGAUUCAUCAGAGUGGAUUUCAGGUGAUGCUUCAGAGAAUGAAUUUGGUUGUGAUUACUCUCAGGGAAUGGGUUAUCCCUGAAAACUGUAUUUUCCUCCUGCUAGUGGAAAUUCAUGAAGUAAAAAAGCCAGGAUUGUGUUGGAAUAACUCCACGUUUCUCCCUUUACCUUUUUUUGUUUUAAUGCCGAUUUGUUUCGCAGAAUAAAUCUGAUGAGAGCAGGAGAACAGUUCCACACCACUGAAAUUCGGGGGUGUAGAACCUCCCCACUAGUGCCAGUCCAUCACUUUGAGCCUCCCCUGGCCUCCCCUCCCCAGCUGUGGCUGUCACCCUCUCCCUGUCCCCGCAGUGCAUCCGGACGUGGCUCAAGCAGCACUCCAGUACCUGCCCCAUGUGCCGUGUCCACGCUCUGCUGCCCGAGGACUUCCCUGAGCUUCCUGCCUGGAACAAGUCCAGCUGAGCCUGCUUCACUCCUGUUUUACUCCCCCACUGCAGAAUUCAAGAUGUAAAGGGGCUGCAGCACAAGCCCAGUGCUGGGGGACAGAACCCUGGGGUCAUUGGCCAUGGGAUUUCACUCCAGGAUUUCUCCUGGUUCCUGCCCGAAGCUGUGCAGUUCAGGGCUGGCAGCACACCACACUGCUGGAUUUUUGGCUAAGGGACAUUGAAAGUAGCAAAUUCUUUUAGCUGAAAGGCCAGUGCAUGAUUCCUGUGAAGAGGGGGCUUUCCCUCGGAUUUAUUCCAAUAUCAAACAAGUAGGUGACCCAAAGGAUGGACCAACAGAACUGGAAAUCAAGACAUGCCCUUCCUCUGGCAUUGAUAAUCCAGGAUUCCAGCCUGGUGUGGUCUUUGCAGCUCCUCUCUGCAAAAAACCACAGCUGAGAAUUCAAAUUGUUUAAAUAAUGACUUUUAGUCACAUUUUGAAGAAAGAAUUUUAAGUUAUUAAUAUGGAUCAGUUCUUUACUCUCAAAAUAAGGUUGAAAUUUUAAUUUCCCCCCUUGUUGAAGAGUUGUUCUGUUUAACUGGGAAGGAUUUUUUUUUUAAAGAUUUUUAAGUGACACUUGUUCUGUAUUUUGUGCAGAAAUGGUCACUUUAGUAGCAGGAGGGGCAGAAUUCCAACAGCUCAGGGAAUUUUCUCCCACUGUUUCCUGAGUCUGAAGUGGCCAGAGCACCUUCAACACAGACACAUUUGCCCCAAACAGCCAAAAGGUGAGGACCAGAGCCUGAGAAUCUUAAAAUUCAGCUCAAAUUUUCUGUUGUGUGAAUCCAGGGAGCAUCACAUGGCUUAGGAGCUCUUGGCUAAUUCCAGGGAUCACUUGUUCCCCACACUGCUCCAUCUCCUCCAGCUGAAGUUUUAAACUUCUCUCUCAUUAAUUACUGUAUUAAUUACCACUUCAAUAAAAAAAUAAAAUUACUGCUGCAGUCAAA